AUGCACGACAAAACAAAGCAGUUGUGGUCCUUUGAAGAGACAGGUAAACAUGGUUACAGUACAUAGUAACACUACUAACAUAGAUACAUGUAUAAAUUGAACGUAUGCAAUAGUUUCUCACAAGAUAUGCUAUUUUUAUAACGCCGUGGCUAUUCGUACUGCAGUCAUAAUAUUUAAGAUAAACCUGACCAAAACCCCAACCCCUUCUCCAGAGCCCCUUCUCUAACCCUAACCAAUAAAGGUCUAAUAAACUAUUUGAGAGUUAAAAAUGUCAGGAAAAAAAAAUAUGUAUAUAUAUUUUAAGAAAAAUUUCUAAGUCAACAGAAAACCGACGGCUAAAACUAAACACGGACCCGACCUCGUUUCACUUCGCACGCCACGCCUUUGCUGAAUACGCUAGCGUCAAGAGCUCGCUAAAAUCUGUUGCAAAAAACUAUUUUAUAUUGCUACUUUACGUAAUGUAAGAAUCAGGUGCCAUAUUCCAGUACGAAUAGCCACUUCGUUUUUAUAAAGUGAUAUUAUCAAGCAAUGAAUAAAUUGUGAUUCUUUUCCCUUCAGAAUCCUUGAUCAAUUUUUACCAUGAGAAUCAAAGCUUGUGGAAUCACAAUAUUGCCGAUUACCAUCAAGACAGCAACAAAGACGUUUUAUAUGAUACCCUUAUUAAAAUCCUUGAUGAUAAGUUCAGUGCUGAAGAAAUAAUGAGUAAGUGGAAAGAACUUAUCAAUUUUUUCAAGCAAGAACACGUAAAAGCAUCUCAUAAACCAAGUGGAUCUGGUAAAAAUGAUAUUUAUAAGUCCUCAUGAGAGUUCUUUGAACAGCUAAAAUUUGUGACAGUUAUUUGUGAUGAUACUGACGAUACUGUAGAUACAUUAUCUAAAGCCGCCAAGAGUAGGAAGUUGUCAAAACAACAAGAACAGACAGAACGUGAGGAAAAAAAACUGGAACUAUUUGCACAGGCUGUGAAUGCAUUAAAAGCACCUGAACCAGCCCCAGCUCCUACACAACAACCGACUGGAGACAAUGAAGCAGCGGUAUUUGCAAAUAGUGUUAGGUUAACAUUAGGGAAAUUUACACCAAGGCAGUUCCGUAGGGCUAAGAAAUGUAUAAGUGAUAUAUUGUAUCAAAUUGAGGAAAGUACCGAUUUUGAAAAUAUGGCGAGUACAUCAACACCAUCUUACUCAGAAAACCAAGGUUAUUCCCCUGCUUCAUCAAGUGCUCAGAGCAUGCAGUAUCAACAAAUGGCUCUAGGUAGUUCUCAAAUGCCUUCUUAUACACCAAUGUCUUUUUCAAACUUUUAA